ACUUGGAAUAGACAAAAGAAAAGAAGGUUCGCAGAAUUCAAAAAAUGGAUUUGGCAGACCUUUUUACUUUUUCUUGCACAUAAUACAUUGUCAGAGCUUUAAGACAUUGUAUAGACAAUACGUGGAAUCACAAGAAACAGCACAUCUCUAAGAAAAUGAGCGAAAUCAAACAAGAACAACCUAUGGAAUUUGAUAUAGAUAAUUUGUUUGAAUGGACCAUGAAGAAAAACUGGAAGGAAGUCCUGAAUGUAUGCAGGAACAACCCCUCUGCUUGUAUGGCUAAGCUAACUAAAUCAGAAGAUACAGCUUUGCACAUUGCUGUCUCAAGUUUCCAUGCAGAUCAAAUUGAUGCUAAUGGACAAGCAAAAGUUGUAAGCGAUCUUGUUGAAUCACUACCGCCGGAUCAGGCAGUCGAGAUACUUAAAGUGCAAAAUGACAAAGGAGACACACCUCUACAUCUAGCUGCAGCACUUGGAAGUGCCACAAUCUGCAUUUGUAUAGCCAGGAAGGAUCAUGUGCUCAUCAGUGAGCGCAAUCUGAAGGGUGAAACUCCAUUGUUCAUGGCAGCUCAUCAUGGCAAAAUGGAGGCUUUUCUGCAGCUACAUAAGCUCUACAGAAAGAGUGCAGAAGAACCAGAUGAUCGGCUGUAUAGAAGGAAUGAUGGGGAUACCAUUCUGCACUCGGCCAUAUCUGGAGAGUACUUCGCAUUGGCAUAUCAGAUAAUUAGCUAUAACCACAAACUUGUCCGUUCGAUCAAUCAAGAAGGCUUUUCUCCUCUCCACAUCCUUGCCAGGAAACCAAAUGUAUUCGAGAGCAGCAGCAAUCUUCGUCUCUUUGAUCGGAUAAUCUAUCGCUGUGUACUUGUUCGUGAGCUAAAGAAGCAGAAAUUCAAGGAUAGUGGUAUUAACUAUCCAGAUAACUACCAGACAUGUGUGAAGUUCAUUCAUCUACCCUGGGCUGCAUUCAGGACAAUUACUGCUCUUGGAAAAGAUUGUGGCCCUAGACAAGAACCAGGCAGUAAAGCAGAUGCAGAGAAUCCAAAAAAUGAAGAGGAGGAACAUCAAGAAAAAGAGCUCAAAGAUGAACACCCGUUUCCAGAGAACUAUACCACCUGCAUUCAGUUGUUCAAAUUUGCAAUGAACGUUGUACUGGUUGUGUUGGGAAUUGGCAUUUGGAAAAUCAGUAAGAUUAGGGAGAAGAAAGAGAGGCACAAGUGGGCUGUUCAGGUAAUGGAUAAAUUGAUUGAGCAUGAAGCCAAUUACAAGUACAGUCACAAUGGAGGCAGACCUGUAGACAAUGUGGAACAGAUGUAUCCUGAAAGAAUUAAGCCUCCUUCUACACCGCCACCUGAACAUGAUACUUAUUCAAGUUCGGAAGAUACUGGAAGCAAAUCCAAAGACAAGCAGGAACACGAAGAUGGGAUUAAACUAGAUGCCCAAACAAAGGAUGUUAAGGAGACACGAAUAGUAGCAGCAAACAUGGAUAUAAAAGAAACGGUGAAAAAAAUCCUGGAAACCUUUCCGGCGAUCAUUCAAGAUUUGGAUGCGAAUGCCAAGAAUGCCCUGCUCUUGACAGUUAACCUCGCUAAGAUGCAAGAUCCCACAACCAAGGAUGUUAAGAAGGAGACACCAAUACUACUUGCAGCAAAGAUGGGUGUAACAGAAGUCGUAAAAAAAAUCCUGGAAACCUUUCCUGUUGCCAUUCAAGACUUGGAUGCAAAUGAGAAGAAUGCCCUGCUCUUAGCCGUUGAGAACAGGCAAAACAAGGUAUUUGAUUUGCUAAUGAUGAUGAAACUCCCCGAGUUUGUGCUUUAUCAAGUUGAUAAUGAAGGAAAUAGUGCGUUGCAUCUGGCUGCUAAGUUCCAAGAACACCAACCUUGGCGAAUUCCAGGUGCUGCAUUGCAGAUGCAGUGGGAAAUCAAGUGGUAUAAGCAUGUCAAGCACUCCAUGCCGCCACAAUGUUUCAUCCAGUACAACAAGAAAGGUGAGACUGCAGGAAAAAUUUUCAUGAAGACACAUGAAAAACUAGUAAAAGAUGGAAGUAAGUGGAUGAUCAAAACCUCCGAAUCAUGCUCUCUGGUGGCAGCACUCAUUGCAACAGUGGCAUUUGCUACCUCAUCAACAAUUCCAGGUGGUCCUGAUCAAAAGUCUGGUCAUCCAGUUCUCGAAAAACAACCUGCAUUCAAUGUUUUUUCUGUUGCUUCACUUGUUGCUCUCUGCUUCUCUGUGACUGCCCUGGUGUUUUUUCUAGCUAUCCUUACCUCAAGAUGCCAGAAAAAGGACUUCAAAAAGAGUUUGCCAAGGAAGCUUUUAUUUGGAUUAACCUCACUAUUCACCUCCAUAUCUGCAGUACUGGUCUCGUUCUGUGCAGGACAUUUCUUCAUGCUCAGCGAUCAAAUCCAUAGUGCAGCACUUCCCCUCUAUGCUGUAGCAUGUCUACCAAUAACCUUUUUUGCUUUUGCACAGCUACCAUUAUACUUUGAUCUCUUAUGGUCAAUCAUCCGAAAGGUUCCUGUUCGUAGCUACAAGGUAUACUACCAUUAGUGUUUUCCUGGCUAAUCUCCUUAAAGUUUGUUUUCAGUUUUAAGGACAUAUCUGUUACUUUUGGAGCUUGGGUUCUGUUUUUGCUCUGAUUAUUUUGGAGCAAUAGUUUCGUGUACAUUUUGUUUUUCAGUAUUUGAUGUGUUUGAUGUACUUGGAUAAGACA